GCGGACCAGCCACGCACCCUCCCAUCCCCGAGGCGCUUCCCUCCAAAUUUCUAAAACGCACAACGCGCGCGGCGCCAUGGCGGAGCGCCUCGCCGCCUCCCUCCUCCCCGCCGCCUCCCCCUCCCCGUCCGCCCGCCGCGCCACGGUCGCGGCCUCGGGGUCCGCCGCCGCGUCCUUCCCUUCCUCGUGCUCCGCCCGAGCGGGGCUGCGCCUCCGCUCCUCCCGCUCGGGGUCGGCCCGCUUCUCCAAGGCGGCUGGGCGCGGCGGGGGAGGCGGCGCGCUGCGGGUGGUCCGGUGCAUGGCGGCGUCGGACGCGGCGCAGCUCAAGAGCGCGCGGGAGGACAUCAGGGAGCUUCUCAAGACCACGUACUGCCACCCCAUCAUGGUCCGUCUGGGGUGGCAUGAUUCUGGUACCUAUGACAAGAAUAUUGAGGAGUGGCCCCAGCGAGGUGGAGCUGAUGGAAGCUUGAGAUUUGAACCUGAGUUGAAUCAUGGAGCCAACGCUGGUCUGAUUAAUGCCUUGAAGCUUAUCCAACCUAUGAAGGACAAAUACCCAGGUAUCACUUAUGCAGAUUUGUUCCAGUUGGCGAGUGCUACAGCAAUUGAGGAAGCUGGUGGCCCAAAAAUUCCAAUGAAAUACGGACGGGUGGAUGUCACAGAACCUGAGCAAUGUCCACCUGAGGGGAGGCUUCCUGAUGCUGGCCCACGUGAUCCUGCUGAACACCUUAGGGAGGUAUUCUAUAGAAUGGGUCUUGAUGACAAGGAAAUCGUUGCACUGUCUGGAGCACAUACACUUGGAAGAGCAAGGCCUGACCGGAGUGGCUGGGGAAAGCCAGAAACAAAAUAUACUAAGGAUGGCCCUGGUGAACCCGGAGGGCAAUCAUGGACAGUUGAAUGGUUGAAAUUUGAUAACAGUUACUUCAAGGACAUGAAGUUUCUGAGCCAGCUUCCAUCGAAAGAGCAGAAGGAUCAGGAUCUUCUAGUUUUGCCCACUGAUGCCGCAUUAUUUGAGGAUCCAUCUUUCAAGGUGUACGCAGAAAAGUACGCAGAGGACCAGGAAGCCUUCUUUAAAGACUAUGCUGAGGCUCAUGCUAAACUGAGCGACCUUGGUGCAAAGUUUGAUCCUCCUGAGGGAUUCUCACUGGACGAUGACACAAGCGAUGAGCCAGCAGCUGAAAAGAAGGAAGAAGCUGCACCAACACCGGAACCGGCAGCUGCAGCAGCACCUCCGCCAGAGCCAGCAGCAGCACCGGCACUGGAACCAGUAGCAGCAGCAGUAGCAACAGCGACAGCGGACGACAACAAUGGCGUGGCGCCACAGCCGGAGCCCUUCGUCGCUGCCAAAUAUUCUUAUGGAAAGACGGAGCUGUCGGAUUCGAUGAAGCAGAAGAUCCGGGCGGAGUACGAGGGGUUCGGAGGCAGCCCGGACAAGCCUCUGCAGUCCAACUACUUCCUCAACAUCAUGCUCCUCAUCGCGGGGCUGGCGUUCCUGACGUCUCUGGUCGGCAACUGAUGAGGAUGUUACGGUCCUGAAGUUUGCGAGUGUCCAUAUAGCAAAUUCUGUGAACAUAUAUGGAACAUAUACACGGCGUGCCACCAUGUGACUAGCAUCAGAGCUACGUACACUGUAAACAUUUUUUUUUGCGAAAUUCGGAAAGAAGACUAGAGAAAAGGAGAUGUAUAGAAAGUGUUCCAAGAACCAUCGACCUAACUAUAUAUGAUGUAUUUACUAUGAAACUGUGAAUGGAUGGAUGUGCACAUCUGUAUUUUUUUUAAAAAAAAUUGAACAUUGGAGUUC